CGAUUCGAAGAGGGGCGAAGCGCGGGUGAUCACGUGGGUACCGAUGAGCGAUGAUCGUCACAAACAAACAGACCUUGCCAACAACAUCAUUGUUUAGCCUAUCCAUAAUCAAGGUAAUGAUAGAAAGAAUAGCACCAAAGAACCAAGUGUUUGCGCGAAUUUGUCGCGCUCUUUCGUGGCUAUGCUGAACGUUUAAACCAAGCAGAGAUCAAAGUAUUGUCGCGCAUUACAGCGGUACAGCAUGGCCGCGACGAGUGUUGUGCCCCUCCUGCCCCUCGAGACCAAACACCCGAGUAGCACGGUCCUGGUGACCGGUUGCACCGGAUACAUCGCCGGGCCGACGAUCGAGCGGCUGCUGAGGGCUGGCCACACGGUGCACGCCACGUGCCGGGAUCCAGGGAACACAGAACUGCUUGCACGCCUGGUGGCACUGCCAGGCGCAGACAAGCGGCUCAAGUUCUACAAGGCAGACCUAACGCAUGUCGGCAGCUUUGAUGAAGCAGUGAAGGGAUGCGACUACGUCAUCCACAUGGCAGCCCCCGUGACGCUGGGCAAGGUGAAGCCAGGCGAGGGCAAGCCCAAACUCAUUGACCCCAUGCUGGCAGGCGUGGAUAACGUGCUGAGCGCCGUCAACCGCGCGCCGUCCGUUAAGCGUGUGGUCAUGACUUCCUCCAUCUCCGCCAUCUGCACCACCGCCAGUGACAAGCCCAAGCCCGCGGACGGCAGCGUGCUGCUUUACACGGAGCAUGACUGGAACACCACUGCCACCGAGGACUUCAUUCCGUACGCGCGCGGCAAGACUUUGUCGGAGAAGCGCGCCUGGGAGCUUGCGGGCCAGCAGAGCCGCUGGGACCUGAUCACGGUGUGCCCAUCCAUCGUGAUGGGCCCAACGGUGCUUGCGUGCGACAGCAGCGAGAGUGUGGGCGCAGUGCGCGACAUCUUGUGGCCGGGCUUGAUGUGGCCUGCAGCUGGCGACAUCGGCCUGGCGCUGGUGGAUGUGCGGGACGUGGCAGCCCUGCACUGCCUGGCCAUGGUCACACCCGCAGCCAAGGGCAGGUAUAUCGCGCACGCCAAGUCCACCAACUUCUUCAACGUUACGCACGUGGUUGCGUCGGUGUUUCCCAAGUUUUGGCCCGCACGGAGCCUGGCACCAUACUGGCUGGUGUGGCUGUUGGGCCCGCUGCUGGGCAUCGGGCGUGACAUGCUGCGCGCGCUGUGGGGCCCUGCACCCGACUUCGACACGCGCCGCACGCUGUCUGACCUGGGGCUGCCCGGCUGGCUGCCGGAAGUGGACACGUGGCGCGAUAUGAUCCUGGACAUGGAGGCCAAGAAACAGAUCAAGAUGAAGUGAAGAUGGCACAGAGGAGAACGAGAGAGGAAAUGUCAACCCACGGCAUGGCAGCGGCUGCUGGGUGGGGGCGCGAAGCAGAGUGGCUUUACAUGCCGGCACAGUCCGAAGUGCAUAACGCAUACCGUAAUUGCCUGCGUCUGCGUCCCUAGCCAUGCUAUGAGCAUGUGACUCUUGUCCCUGGCUCGGCGCGCACUAUCUAUGUGAUCCGAGGCAUUCAUCUCGCGUGGGCAUGAGCGAGAGCAGUAUGUGUACGGCAUCACGUAGUAGGAUAUCCAAAACAUACUUGUAGCGUUACGGGGCAUCAGGGCCCGGCAAUGGAGGACGGCGGCCUAUAAUCUGCGAAUUUUGAGCGCUCCCGGGCAUUUUCCUGGUAGCCCAGGUUCCGCUGUCUGUGGUUGGUGUGUGGCAAUCCACGCCGGACGCAGUUGUAGGGGACACCGGGUCGCCGCACAGGCUUCCUGGCCACUGCUGUGUGGGGUGUGGGAGACCGAUAGCGCCCGAGGCAGCACCCUGGGGAUCGUUAAGUAUCAUUAAGUAAACGAAUGAAGUGCGUGACAGCGACAGAGUCGAGCAGUUGGAUGUGUGCUGUGUUAUGUCUGGUUUCCAUCUCAUGUGCCACGUCCGGAUUUGCGGGGAUGCCAAAGGCCCCCAACAUAGAGGCGUGUGCAAUUUGCGUGUGCUUAGUAGGCGCCCGCGUCAAGGUGGCUGGGUUGAUAACGACCCGGGAGGGGAGGGCUCAGCCCUUUUCCUGCCUCUCUAAGGCAGCCACCUCCUUGUUAGCGCUCCUGUAAAUGCCGCUGUUUGUGUCUCUGUGAGCGGUGGAAGGAACAGAAGAUGAGUCGGCCUUGAGGGAAGAGCACC